CCUCCAUCAUCUAAUCCUCAUCAUCCCGGCUUUAUCCGCUCUCCAUCUCCCCAUGUUAUUCGCACAUUGCAAACUAAACUAAACUAUUUUCGUCCAGUUGCACAAUUCUGAGCGUUGAGUUCGCACUUGUCACCUCCACCCACACGGUUUCACAGUUUUGUCUAUUGAGUGAGAAUCCCUCCGGGAACAACCAGCCGCCGCAAUGGACGCCAUCAAGAAGAAGAUGCAGGCCAUCAAGCAGGAGAAGGAUGCUGCCAUGGACAAGGCUGACACGAUGGAGCAAAUGGCGAGGGAUGCGAAUUCUCGUGCCGACCGAGCCGAGGAGGAAGUGGACAACCUGAAGAAGCGAACCACUCAGCUCGAGGCCGAGUACGUCGUCUGCCAAGCCCAACUCGUCACGGCCAACGCCAACCUGGAGGCCAAGGAGAAGACGCUUCAGGCCACCGAGACGGAGAUGGCCGCCCUGGGCAGAAAGGUCCAGCAGAUUGAGGAGACCUUCGAGACCACGGAGGAAAACCUGAAGAAGACCGAAAUCAAAUUGGAACAGACCGCACAACUCAACGACGAGUCGGAACGUAUGCGCAAGGUGUUGGAAAACCGAUCUGUCAUGGAUGAAGAGAGGAUGAAAACUUUGGAAAUCCAACUCAAGGAAGCCACCAACUUGGCUGAGGAGGCUGAUCGCAAAUACGACGAGGUUGCCCGAAAACUCGCUAUUGUUGAAACCGACGUUGAGAUGGCAGAAGACCGUGCGUCGUCUGGGGAUGCGAAGAUCGUGGAGCUGGAGGAGGAGUUGAAGGUUGUCGGCAACAAUCUCAAGUCUCUCGAAGUGUCGGAAGAGAAGGCCCGAGAGCGCGAGGAGAGCUACAAAACCAACAUUAAGAACCUCACUGCAAAACUGAAGCAGGCCGAAGCUCGCGCCGAGUUUGCUGAGAGGACGGUACAGAAGUUGCAGAAGGAGGUGGACAGGAUUGAGGACGAGCUCACCAACGAGGUCGAGAAGUACAAGAACAUCACGGACGAGUUGGACACGACUUUCUCCGAGAUGACGGGCUACUAGGGGGAGGAGAGAGAGAAGUCCAGUUCCAUAUUUACUACGUCUCUUAACUAUUAUCAUCAUGCUCCCACCAUGACCACACACUGAACUCAUCCCGACCACACCGCAGCUUAUUUGCUACUGCCGAGUCCUUUGUCUCUCAUUCUAAUCGGGUCCUCGUCUCUAUUAAUUUUCAAUUUGUUGGCUUAAUAAAACAAACAAUCUGACUCAGCAAA